CUCGCGCCCUAUCAUCAGCUAACGGUCAGUGUUGAGUGUUGUUGUCAUGGAAGCCAGCGGUGAAUAUUCGACCGAGCGUGUGACAGCCAUGGAGAGUCGACCGUUCAAAACGCUGACGGCAGCCAUGUUUGUAGGCGUCACUGCUAUUUCUACCUGCUGUGGUUCUGUGAGCUUCUGAGUCAGACUUCACUGUAAUUAUUAGCUGAAAACCGUUGGCUGGCUGGCAGGCGCUAGCUGCUGGUUUACGGAAGCGCUCUCUCUGUCUGUUGCUGUCCCUGGACGCCUGCCUGAAUUUUUGAAGGGCACGGGGCAGGACACAGUCUGCUGCUGCCGCCUGUGUCUUUAAACACAGAAGGAGACAUUUACAGUGUUAUAGAGAGAUGUAGCAUCGCUUCUAAAAAACCCACCUGCUCCUCCUCUCUGUCAUCUCCGCGCUGAGGAAGGAAGGAAGGAAGGCGCUGAGAUGCCGAUGGUUUCGUCUGGAAAGGAAAGUUUAGUGUGUUUCUGGUUGUUGCUCAUCACAGGCAUCUUUUUGUAAAUCUGCCAUCGAAGCUCCACACCGACCGUCCUCCACAUCUGCAGAAACCCAGCGUCCAUCAGAAGCCAAGCACAGAACAACCAAAACAGAGUCAUUAAGAAAUGGACCAAGAUAAUUCUAACCAAAGCCAGACACAAGAAAAGAACCCAAACAAAGCAGCAGAGGCUCCAGCUCCACCAUCAGACCCAGCAGCUCCAGCCUCUGGUCCCACCUCCAGCCAACCUGCAGCUCCCGGCAGGCCUCGAAGGCCUCAGAGAAGCGCCAGAGUCGAGGGCUCUGUUGACGUCUCUGAACCCAAACUAGAGCCUCAAAGUGAGCCUCAAACCGAACCCAUUCCUGAGAUCAAUGAGGAGCAGUGCACUCCUGAUGGCUCUGUGCCAAGCCGUCCCAAACCCUCUCGUCCUGCUGCAGGAGAGCGCACUGGACCUGGUAUCAAGGCCGGCCCUAAAGGCCACCAUCCAGUCAGGGCUGCCUCAGUCCCACACCCAGUUGCCAGCAGGCCCGUGGCCCCUCACCUGAACCCUCAUGCACAAAGAGCGCUCUCUGUGGCAGGUACAGCUGACACUCAGGCCCAGACUGUGGAAGACUUCAGGGUGCACAUCAUCACUUGGAACGUGGGUUCGGCCACGCCACCUGAUGACAUCACUUCCUUGCUGGGGCUGAAUGUCAGUGAUGGAAACACAGACAUGUACAUUAUUGGGCUGCAGGAGGUGAACUCCAUGAUUAACAAAAGGCUGAAAGAUGUCCUCUUCACAGACCAGUGGAGCGAGGUUUGCAUGGAGAGACUCAGCCCCUUUGGUUACGUUCUGGUGACCUCUCAGAGGAUGCAGGGUUUGCUGCUGCUCGUCUUCGCCAAGUACUUCCAUUUGCCUUUCCUCCGAGGAGUCCAGACUGAGACCACCCGCACCGGCCUUGGGGGUUACUGGGGGAAUAAAGGUGGUGUGAGCGCCCGCAUGUCUGUGUUCGGUCACACCAUCUGCUUCCUGAACUGCCACCUGCCGGCUCACAUGGAAAACUCGGAUCAGCGCAUGGAAGACUUUGAGAGCAUCCUGCAGCAGCAGCAGUUUGAGGGCCAGGCCGCCACCGGGGUGCUUGACCACGACGUGGUGUUCUGGUUUGGUGAUCUCAAUUUCCGCAUUGAUGAUCUGGAAAUGCAAGUGGUAAAGUCAGCCAUUGAUAACAACAAGUAUACAAUGCUGUGGGAAAAGGAUCAGCUCAACAUGGCCAAAGACAGCGAGACAGUGUUGGAGGGUUUCCAGGAGGGGCCGCUGAAAUUUCCUCCCACCUACAAGUUUGACGUGGGGACGAACACAUAUGACACGAGUGGGAAGAAGCGUAAACCGGCUUGGACCGACCGCAUCCUGUGGCGUCUGAGAGCCACCGCACCUGCAGCUGCUCUUAGCGCAGGUAAGCGUGGCUCCAUGUCGGGACUGACCAGUGGGAUUAAAGUGACGCAGCACUACUACAGAAGUUACAUGGAGUAUAUCGUCAGUGACCACAAACCCGUGUCAUCCAUCUUCACCCUACAGUUCCCUUAUAAAGUGGAUGUUCCUCUGGUCACGCUCAUAGUGGAGGAUGAGUGGAACAGCAUCCCUGAUGCCAUCGUUAAAUUCAAACUGGCUCCAAACUUUGCCCGCAGCUCCUGGGACUGGAUCGGACUGUAUAAGGUGGGUUUCAAACACCAUAAGGACUACGUGGGCUACGUGUGGGCCAAACAAGAAGAGAAUGACUUUCUCCGACAAGAACAGCAGGUAAAUUUUACGGAGGAGGAACUGCCCAAAGGCUCAGGGGACUUUAUCUUGGGCUACUAUAGCAACAACAUGAGCACCAUUGUGGGUGUAACAGAGCCAUUUCAGAUCCAGCUUCCCACCACAGGUCCUGACCACAGCUCUUCAGACAGCUCUGACUUCAGCUCCGAAGACGACAGCACCGUCGUCCUCAUGAAGACGAGGUCGCGCAGCCCCAGUCCUCGCAAAAAGCACCGCGGCCAUCGCAGCGGCAGCCACAGCCGCAGUCGCUCCAGCAGCCCAGCUCAGGCCAAAAUCAAAGAGCCCGAUGCGGCCGGUGAAGCAGCUGAGUGUGAGUCUACAGGACGUCCAGCAGAGGGCGGCAGCACCCAAGAAAAAGACACAGGGGACGCAGGGGUGUGAUGCAGAGCCGAGUCCUGCUGGUGUCACAGGUUACAUAACCAACUGUUGUGUCUUUUCUCACAUACAUCCACCACACUGUAUGUUUCCUGUAAUGAAAUGAUACAGUCUCUGAUGCCAUCCUUUUCAGGAACAGCCCUCCGGUUCGUCCAGAAGGCUUUACUUUGCCUUGAGUUCUGACGAUGUGCACAUUGUAUGAUUUUGUUUGUGGCUCUUUCACUCUGUUUCUUCUACCUUUGUCCGUUCUCAGGUGUGGACAGUACAGGGAACUGACACCUUGCAUUCACAAAUACUCAAGGAUUUAUAGUCAUGUAGAGUAGAACAGAAACCAUCUCGUGUUUCCUGGCAGCAGUUUGAAAUGAAUACCUGCAGUCAUUUCAGGAAACUGCUUGCAAACGUCAGAAAACACUCAUGAGAGUUCAACAUAUUGUAAGCAAAAAUCUCAGUUUGCUUAAACGUGGAACAUGUUUUUAUUAUUGAACAAAUUUGCUCUGAGGUAUAUGCAUUUCAUCUAAGGCCUAGUCCACACGUAGAUGGGUAUUUUCUAGACAGAGGUUUUCCUCCUCUCUUUAAAAAAUAAUUCCGUCCACACACGCUACAUUCUGAAAAAUGUCUUCAACCACUUGAAAACGCAAAACUUCAAUGUAAAGAGCACAUCAUGUCAACUAAGUAUGUUCCCAGUUGGCUAUUUCCAUAAAUUGGCAUUUAGAUUGUGUUCUACUGACUAGUCUCGAGGACAAAAUGCCCAGAAAACAGUCAAAUUCAUCACAGGAUCAUUUCAUGUCAGGGGCUAGUAUGCUGAGUACAGUGUGGCUAAAGUUAGCAGUUAUCUCCACCAGCCUUUGUUACAACUCACAUACAACUUUAUUUCCAUUUACUUAUCUAAAAUACUGCCAUACUGCACUGUUCCUAUGACACACUUAACGCUAAGCUUCUCAUGUUUAUGUCUGGCAUGGUGAUGGGGGAGAGCUCUGGCAGGAUGACAGAAGCCAUUAACACCAGUAGCUACAGCGGCUACUGGUCUCAGUUCAGUUUUAAAAGAGUAUUUGACUGGGAUUUCAGGUCGGUGUUUAUUGAAGAAAAAAAAGUUAGAUAAUUAGUUUAACUGACUUGAAAAUCGUAUAGUGGCAAAUUUGAUACCCAAAUUUAACCUGCUGACCUCCUGCAUCCUUUGGGUCAUCAGUAAUCUGACCUUCACUGUGCAGGUGAGGCAGCUCACUCUAAUACAGCCACAAUGUCCUUGACAUGUAAAAAUGUACACUUCAUUCCUCUGCAAUGACCAAUUUAUCUUCAGAGUUGCCUCUCCGACCUGAACUAGGUCUCGUCCUAAAAAACAGUGGUCUCUGUAGUCCAUUCAGGCAUCUGUUCAUCAGCAGCACAAGUUUGGCUAAGUCUGCUGCUGCCAUGUACAAGGUACUGAUAAAACCACACACCAGUGACAUCAAGCAGAGGAGAAACCAGUGCAUGGUGUUUUGUCAUAAGCCUAAAACUUGUUUUCCCCAUCCAUGCAUAAACACUGUACACGGUGUCUUUAAAAAACCUUCAUCCUGGAGGGAGUUUUCAAAAUGUGGGUUUUCAGUGAGGUGCAACGCUGUUUGUAAGUUUGUCUGCAAAAGGCCAAAACUCAAAGAAAACCUCUGCUUGAAAAACAAACCUGCCUCCAUGUGGACUCUGGCUUAAAGUUCUGCAAACCGAACAUGGAGAUAACCAUACAGUUUGACUGAGUGGAGUUAUUUUCCAAAGUCCUGCUCCUGUAAUUGCAUUCAACAAAACCAUAAUGCAUAACAGAGGGCUGGGCAAUAUGGACCAAAAAUCAUAUCACCAUAUUUAUGCAAAAAUCAGAUCAUAUUGAAACCUGUUUGAUACCACAGCAACAGUAAUAGAGGAGCAAAUAGCGGUUUACUGAUGUUAGACUUUCCAAAUCUUUAGGGAACAGUAUGGUAGCACCAAACAGACUCCUCAUAAUCCUGACAUCAAAUAUUUUGUUAAUUUGUUCAAAAUAUGGCUGCCUUUUAAUAACAUUACAACAGCAGAACACUGACUGUCAGCUGACAGUGAUCCUGAUACGAUCAUUAAGUUACGUGAACUAGCUAAUGUUGGCAAACAGCAGUUUUAUUGACUAAAACACUUCUAAGACUCUCUAAAUUAAUAAAAAAAAUUAAAAUACCUGCAGCUCCAUGUAACAGUUAGUGGUAACAGCUACUGUAUGCUCUUUUUGCCCUCCAGGCCUCUGUGUUGGUCAUGUGACUGGAAGCUAGCAAUAUGGGGUGAAUUUUUAAUAUAUAUAUAUUUUUUAAUUGUCAGAAAUUGCAGACAAACUUUAACACACUGUCUAAUAUGUACAAAAUCAUUGGCAACAUUUCCAUAAAUUAAGUUUAUCAGAAUUUUCUAUACUCUUGGCCACGUGAGCUAAGAUGAUAAAAUGUCUUUUAUGGGUGGUAUCAGAAAGUAAAGAAACUUCAGGAUCUUUAGUCAUACUAUUAAGCAGAGGAGAGAGAAUGUUGUAUAUGGUUCAAAAUUUUCAAGCUUUAAAUAAAUAAAUAAAUCCCUUUCAUAGAAUCAGUGUGGGAGAGGAAUGAAUCCUUCAAAAUUGCAGACCAACUCCUGUCUAAAAAAAAAAUUGUUUACAUCAUACAAAACUAGAGAUGCACAUUGGCAUGAUAUUGGUAUCCGCAGAUAUUUUGACUAUAAAAAUCUCCCUAUAUCAGCUGUAAAUAUUGGCCAUAUUAAAAAAUAAGCCAGUGGAGUUAUAGGCUGGACCAACGGACCUACAUUAGCUGAAGUCUUUUUCUUUCUUCAUCAUCAUUCCUAACACUUUAAAAUGUUUUAAUGACUGAAAUUUGUUUAUUUAUUAUUCAUCUGCAAACUUUAAAUUUUGUGUUUUCAGGACUGAAGUUUUAGGUCUAAACUACAUUUAAAUAUUGGUAUUGGUAAAUUUACUACUAAAAUUACUUUGUAAAUAUUGACAUAUGUAACAAAAAUAUAGAAAAUUGACAAUCCUCAGUCAUAUUUUUCAUAAAAGAGGGAGGACACUGCCUAAAUUGCAUUUUCUUCAACCAGUUCCACCCACUUUUCCAAAUGUUGCCAAUUUAUUUGUGUGAAAAAGUUAGUGAGCAGGAGUUUGCCUUCAGUUUUUGAUAAAUGAAAACAAAUUUCUAAAUAUUGGCCUUCUUUGUUGCCAUGGUAUCAAACAACUAUCAACAUUAUUUGUUUUUUUAAUACUAAUAAAAAUGCUCUGACAUGCAAAGAAAUAUAAAGAUAAUUCUCAAUUUAGACUAAACAUUUCAAAUGGAUCAUUUUGAGGUCAUUAAGCAUAUAACUUUUAGUGGUUCUUACUGUAAACUAUCUCCUUACUUAGCAUUAGGCAUGCAGUCUAUUUUUUAAUCCAUAUGAACAGUAUCUGAAUCUCAUUUAAAACGGUGUCUUAAAAACUCCAUAAAUCACCCAGCCCUAACAUAGCAUGCAGGUGGUCUUUCAAAUGAUCCACCAGUGGGAGUAAAUCUCUCCAGGUUUCAUCAAAUCCGAGCAGAGCUGAAGUAGGUGGAGAUGGGGGUUCAGGGGGUUUGGCAGCAGCAGCAGCACAUGUCAGGGUGAAUGUGAGCAUAAAGGCCUUUAAAUAGAGCGCCAAAUGCAGCGUGGCGUGGGAGACUGGCUGUUAGCUGACACUGCAGAGCUGUCCUGUAGGAGCCAGUUUAUUAACUAUCUCAGCUGGUGACAACAACAGCAUUAUCUGAGCCUGGAAGCAUGCAGGUCACUGCUGUCUGUGAGAUAAUGGGCUUCUUCUUUAUUCACACAGCACCAAAAUUACAGCAUAAUUUCUUAAAAAGUUGGGAUGUUGGAAUAGCUGUAAAUAAACUGAAUGUGAUGAUUUUCAAAGCACUGAAAGACCAUAUUUGAUUGAAAAUAGCACCAAGGCAGCAUAUCGAAACAGAUAUUGAAACAGAGAAAUUCUGUUUUUUCAUAAUUAUGCACUAUUUCAAAUUUCAUGCAAGGAUCAUUGUUCAAAACAGGGUUAUGUUAAUCACUCUGCAGCAUCACAUCCUCUUGAAUUGUUGUAAUAUUUUCAGCACAAUAUUUUAUAUAUUCUGUAGUGCUCUUUUAUACCCAUUUGUUGGGUUGUCAGUAUAUCGGAACUUUAAUAAGAUACCUGAAAAAUUGCAAAUAAAGUUCUGUUUCCCACAUGUCAACAUAGUGUCAUGGUUAGGUGGGACACCCAGCUAUAUUUGCAGAGACCCAAGUAUAUUUGCUGAAUGUUUUCUCUUGAUUUUAAAGUCUGUUUAGGAAGACAGAGAGGCGUCAAUUGAAAUCGGGACUGGGUAAAUUUACAUGUUUGAUCAAUAUUUGAAGUAGUUUAUCUCCCUUUCUUGCAAUGAUAAAGCGACUUUUUACAUGACAAUGAAGUAAUUUCUCAAGCUCUCUGCAAAAUUGGCAAAAUUUUUAUAAAAUAAUAAUGGGACAAAAGGGUAUAAAACUUUUCCGUUUUGUCCCUUUUCCUUUUUCAUGUCAUGUAUUUUGGUUCAGUCAUGCUCCAAACUGCAACAUAUUCAGUUAGCUAAUGUAGAAAGCUUUUGGAAAUUUGGGUCAUGAUUUGACUUAAGACAGACUGGUGGGUCCUGAUGCUGAACCAGUUGAGAACCACUGAUCUAGUGAAUAGUGUCAAAAGAGCAAAGAGACAGAGAAAAUAAACCUACCAAAUAAGGCAGGGUAAGAUGACUCCAUCUACCACCCCUGCCACCUAAGUGUGGUAUCAUUCUGUGGAAAGAUACUGAAAGUCCACUGAAACCACUAAAGGAGACUACACUUCAGUGGUUUCCGUCCUACUUAACAGAUGGGACCUUCUCUGUUCAUCCUGUAUUGUAUUAUUCCUACACUUACAAGUUGUGUCCCACAAGGCUCUGUUCUGGGCCCCCUCCUAUUUUUAUUGUAUAUGUUUCCUCUGGCGUCUAUUUUCCUUAAAAUAUAACGUGUCCUUCCACGUUUAUUUGUUAUUCACAAAAUGUCUCAACUUUUAAGAAAUUGGAGGUAUAGAAAAAAAUUGCAUUGAUUUUUUUUGUUUGUUUAACUCUGCCUUUUUGUCUGUUGUAUUAAAUCAAAUUUUGAGUAAAAUUGGCUGAAUAUCGUCCCAAACAUAGCUAAAUAUCUGAGCAGGAGCGCUACUUGGCUGUGCUUUAACAGGGCUCUGCAUUAAACCGAGAGGGAGGCGGACAUGUUCCACUGUUGUGAAAUAUCACCAUGCAGCAGUGAUAUUUCAGCCAAAUGAGAUGCUUUAUUUUUAUAUGAUUUCUACUUUUCAGUUGUGACCUUUUUUUGUACGAUUGUUGCCGUUUCCACUCCCUCAGACGCUCCAUUGAUGACAUUGGUGAUUAGCUGACAGUGACGAUAGUCGCAGUAGUCGUGUUGCAUAGUUACUGUGUGACCUCUGAUGCACCGUCUUAGACUCUUUGUACUUCUGGGCUGUUAGCAUUAGGACAGUGAAUACUGUUGUAGCUGUAACCUCAGUGUGUAUUUAGUGUGUAUGUGUUUUUAUGGACGCAUCCGUGAGUGUGUGUUUUGGAUGGCAGAGCGUGUGUGACUGAAUGGGCUGUGACUGUUUGCAUGGUUUGCUGCUGGACAUACUGUACAUUCCGGUACUGUGAUUUUGUGCCGUAAAGUGCUGUUUUUGACUCCUCUUUGUUAUAAUCGUGGCUGUGAACGUUAUUAGAAAAACACUGUAAGUCAAGUAUAAAGAUUUAACUGCAGUGUACGUGUUAGGUGAAGAAAAUGCAGGACAGUUAACACUUGCAUUCACUUGAAGUUGUUUCAAUCAUUUCAUAGUGCAUUCAUUCUUUUUCAUUUUCAUUGAAUGGAAAUCUUUUGGACCUUUUUGUGUAGAGUGACAUGUAAAAAAAUGUUAAAGAUUGUAUGAAUUUGUCCUACUCUAGAUAAUUUAGGCUGGCUACACACUAGACGAUCCUCAAAUCUAUAAAAGAACCGCAGACAAGCAUGAUUUCAACUGAUUUUUAUUAUCAUUAUCCUAUAAACAACCACACUAGAUGAUGCAGCCAGGCAACAACACGUGAUAUGUAUUGCAUAGCCUGUAUGAAGUAUCGUAUGAAAUAGGAGUGAAGGCAUUUAAGUGGUUUUUGAAGCUGUCUUUUAAAGCCAAUCCAUGAUGGUCACCUUAUCUAAAACACCGUCUCAAUCUAACUCAAGUCAGCGCAAAAACAGACAAAGAGGUGUAGGUGAAGUGGUUUUAAAGCCUCCUGACAGACAGCUAAAUCUCGUGUUCAGUAGAUUAUUUCUUUCUUGCAACAAUGCUUCUUGGCAGUGAAUCUUAUAUUGUUGGAACGUCUGUGUAUUUCUCUUUUAAAUGGUUCCAGAUUGUAAGGAACAUGCAUUUGUGGGAUGAGCAGCAGAGCUGAGUAUGUGUGUCACGCCCAUGAAAAAUUAGCCAAAUCUUCUUUGCCAGUACCAAACAGCUUUUGAAAACAUAGAACUGGGUCUUCAUAUUCUUGGGUUUCGAGCUCCAUCCCUAUCAAUGACCCAUUCUUUGACUCAUGAUUUCCAAAAUCUAUCAGUUCAUUUUGAUUCAGAUUGGGCAUUUCUACAAAGCUUGAAGGUCACAUAUUUGACCCUUUUAAGACAAGUUUAUCUCAGUCGUAGAGGUCCCCAAAACAUGCCAGUGAAGUUUGUUGCUGAAAAUAACA